CCGGCGGCCUGAGCGGGGACCGGCACACCAUCCUCAGUCCUUCCCGGGCGGAGGCCUCCCCUCUCUGGAUGCCGCGGCCCCUCCCGGGGCGGCUGGACCUCGCUUGCCCCUCGCCCGCCGUCCUUGGCGGCCCCCGCACCCGGACCCCCCGUGGGCUUGGAGGAGCCGCGGCCGGAGAGAGGGGCGCGGUGGCUUGGCACGGACGCUUGGCCCGGGAGCUGAAGGCACAGCGCCCGCCCGGCGGGUCCCGCCCCGGCAGGGACGCAGGGACGCAGGGACCGCCCGCCCGCCCAGUAUCCCUAUGCGCGGUCCUCCCGUGCGCAGUCCCCCGCGCCUGGUGCCUCCGCGCCUGGUCGACCCUCCCCGCGCGGCGGCAGCCGAGGCGCCCGCAUCUCCCUCCUGCGCACUCCGUGGAGCCAUGGCCGCCUCCUCCGCGCGGCCCGCCGCCCUGGUCAUGCCAGCGCUGGCGCUGCUCCUGCUGCUGUGCGUGGGCCCAGGUGGCAUAAGUGGAAACAAACUCAAGCUGAUGCUUCAGAAAGGGGAAGCCCCUGCUCCCCCUACGACCCCGGUGGCCGUCCCGGAGAGCAGAGCCAAGGAGUUCCUGAGCGGCCUGAGGCGGCUCAAGCGGCAGCUGUGGGACCGCACGCGGCCCGAGGUGCAGCAGUGGUACCAGCACUUCCUGUACUUGGGCUUCGACGAAGCGAAAUUUGAGGAUGACAUCACCUAUUGGCUAAACAGAGGUCGGAAUGGGCACGACUACUACGAUUACCACCAGCGCCACCACGAUGAGGAUGCUGAGAUCGGUCCCUGGAGCCCCGACGGCUUCAGGCACGGAGCCAGCGUCAACUACGACGACUACUGACCGUCACUCAGGCGGGCUCGGGGCCGCAGGCUCCGCACGAUGCCCGGGCUGUGUCUGCUGCGCCUGGUCUCGGUUCACCUUUCCUACCCGCUUUCUGUGGCCACAAAGGAAGAGUUAAAGCAAAGAACGUAAAUGCCUUUCGAGGUUUCAUGCAAGUACCUAACAAUGCAUUUCAUUUAAAAAUAGAAAUAAAAGCAUUUUGUUAAAAAGUCUCAGAGUUCAUUUGGAUGAAACUUGAGCUGGCGAGAGUUUUCCUUCCCUGCAUGUUUCUGAGGUUGAAGCAACUUCUCAGAGGCACCUCCCCUCUGCUAUCUGAAGUGUUACCUCUCCAAGAAUUCCCACCACCCCAGACCAUGGGACCGAGCAGGGGUCUUCAAUGUAUUAGAAUUCAGUCCACACUAAAUGCCAAAUUAAGAAUAAAAAAGCAAGAAAAUUUAGCUGGAAAUUAAUUUAAGGUCACAGAACACGGUUUGGGGGAUUAAGCAUCCACAUGGGUUUGCAAAUUUGCUGUUCCACAUCCCGAGCCAGAGGUGGACCUGUUUAAUAUUGUCAGGCAGGAGAAAAAGGGUAAUAGAAAAAACACUGAAGUUUGGUUGAUUUCAGAGCCUCACUUGUCUUAAAAAAUUAAACCUUGUCUAAUGAGUUCAAGAAAGAUUUACGAAUAUACAUUGCAUCAUGUUUAAACAAUCUGAGUGAAUGAAAG